AUGUUCUUCUCGUCUGCAAAUCAUUCUAUACCUUCAUUUCGUACCUCGAGAAAUAAAAAUCAGCUGUUGUGCAGAAGUGACUACUCUGAAGUCGUCCUGGCGGGCUUUUAUAUUACUUUCAGUCGUCCAUCCCUUCUGCUUCUUGCCGCCGACACCUGUUUUGUCCUCCUGCUUGUUUCAUCAAGCGUUUCAUCUUUUCACCACACAUCAGUUCACUGGCUCUCGCUCUGGUCUAAGCGCGUGUCCCGUGUUUGCUCUAUGUAUCCUCAAACUCCUUCCGGGUUCGCCGGUCAAAUGCCCUAUGGCCAGGCCACUCCAGGAAGACAGGGUGAUGACUUGGAUGAAUACUAUGAGCCACUACCGCCUCAAUGGUCCUGUUCUCCGUAUCUGGCAAUGAACCAUCCGAACUCUACCACAGCAGCUGCAUAUCCGUCCGCCGCUAUCUUAACACCAAUCAGUCUCCCAGACAGCUCCUUUAUCCAGGCAAGACCGAGCCCGGUUGUCAGCCAUCGUUCGCAAGAAUAUCAGUAUAAUAUAUCUGAAACGGUCGCGCAACAUGGGCUCGGGAUCACAGCACCGUUUCCGAGUGAUUUUCCCCGAACAGUAACGGCGGGUCUGGGACACGCUAUAGAUCAGUACGACUUUGGCCAUGCUGAAGCUACACUGUCUCCACAUCCACCUCCAGCGAAACGAGCUCGAAGAAGCAGCCCGAAAGCCGCAAGUUCGAAUCGCGAAACCCCGGUCUCAAUACUGCCUCAUCCUGAGGGACUUCAGCGACUAGAGCAAGAACGGCGACAAGGACAUAUUGAUCUGCAUUCCCACCACAGGUCCCGCGCUCCCGGCCGGGGCCGGCGCGACCCGCAAGCCGAGGAAGAAGAUGCUUUUGUCGAGGGAUUGCGAGAACAGAACCUGGCAUGGAAAGUCAUCCGGGAGAUGUUUCGCGAAAAGUUCAACAAAGAUGCAUCGGAAGCACGCCUGCAAAUGCGGAUGCUGCGCCGGCGCAAAGAACGGCUAGCGCGGUGGGAUGAGCAUGAUAUCCCACUUCUCAUAAGAGCUCGAGAUCAUUGGAAACGUGAAAAGUAUCGUAUCAUUGCUCAAAAGAUGAGGGACCUAGGCGCUAGAGGGACGUACACCCCGCAGCAGUGUGAGGCUCAACUAAAAGACAUGGAAGCUGAAAGCCGAGAGCGUGCCGAUGGCUUAUUAUCGCAGAUGACGGAGCGCUCACGGACUGGAAAACGAGUUAGAGCCAACAGCGACGCGGGGCCGUAUCUUUACUGA